AAUGAGCUUUUCUUACUUUGUGACAGAUGGAGGGUUCUUAAGCUGUUACUGCUCUCUUUGUGCUUCCCCUGUGAACUCUUUCUUCUAUUCCGCGCAGAAAACCAAAAGCUCUCUCCACUGAUCUUCUUCUUUAGGUGCUGAUCGGCAAUCAAAACCAGGUCUGCGAGAGACUGUGAGUUUUUAAUUCUGAUGUCUCCACCACUUGGUGUUGGGGAGGAGGGUCAGAGCAAUGUAACCUUACUGGCCUCUUCGAAUUCUGGGGGAAGUGUAUGCCAGAAUGGCUUAGAACUAAAAGAGCAUAACUACAUGGGAUUAUCUGAUUCUUCUUCUAGAGAUAGCUCUGUGGUCUCUGUUGCAUCUGACGAAACUAAAACUAGCUUGAAUCUAAAGGCCACAGAGUUAAGGCUGGGGCUUCCUGGAUCCCAGUCCCCUGAGAGAGAACCACAGAUCUCCUUGUCAAGUUCUGCACGACUCGAUGAGAAGACUCUUUUCCCUUUGCAUCCCUUAAAUGAUGGUCUCUGCUCUUCACUUCAGAAAAAUGUUGUGUCUGGCAACAAAAGGGGGUUCUCAGAUGCCAUGAAUGGACACUCAGAGAUCAAAUUUCUUACAAAUUCAGAUGCAAACAUGGUGCUGUCACCUAGGCAUUCUGCAAACUUGGGUCUUAAAUCAGGUUCUACCAUCGAGAACCUUAGUGGCCAACCGACUAAAGUGAAAGACAUUGCAGCUCAUAAGGUGAUACAAGAAAGGUCUCAUGCUGUUAAUGAGACCCGUCCGGGUCCUAAUAGCUCUCCAAACAACAACAGCAGUGCACCUGCACCCAAGGCGCAGGUUGUGGGUUGGCCUCCCAUAAGAUCAUUUAGAAAGAACUCAUUGGCAACAACUUCAAAGAACAAUGAUGAAGUAGAUGGAAAAGCUGGGCCUGGUGCUCUAUUUGUCAAGGUUAGCAUGGAUGGUGCUCCUUAUUUGAGGAAAGUUGACUUGAGAAAUUACUCUGCAUACAAGGAACUGUCUUCCUCCCUUGAGAAGAUGUUUAGCUGUUUUACAAUAGGUCAAUACGGAUCUCAUGGAGUUCUGGGCAGGGAGAUGCUAAGUGAGAGCAAGCUGAAGGAUCUCUUACAUGGUUCUGAAUAUGUUCUUACUUAUGAGGACAAAGACGGUGAUUGGAUGCUUGUUGGUGAUGUGCCUUGGGAGAUGUUUACUGAUACAUGCAAGAGGCUGAGGAUCAUGAAGAGCUCUGAUGCGAUUGGCCUAGCCCCCAGGACCAUGGAGAAAUGCAGGAACAGGAACUAGUAAGCACUUAAUAUGGUGAUGGCUAUCCUUCCAGUGCCUUUGGGUUUCAAAUUCAGAGGUGGAGACGACUAGAUUCAAUUUAGAGGGUGAGGAAUGAUAGGUUACUGGAUUGGGUAGGAAAUCAUGGAUAUCUACUAUAAAUUAUGUUGUCAAUGUUUAUGAUUUCGUUGUGAUGAAUCAAUGUACUCUUAGCUCCGUUUCCUGGACAUUAGAUUUAUGAAACCCACAAGGCCGAUGUAUUUGGAGUCGAAAGUUUGAUCUAUUUUAAGUGUGGAUCUGUUGGAGUCACAACUGUCGAGUCCAAUGUAUUGUAAAAAUUGUUUGUUAACUACUCCUGUUUCUAUUCUGAAAGCCUUUUGUCCAUGUUUCUUUC